AUGAAGAGAAACUGUGUGUUAGCAGGGUGGUUCCAACAGCCAGGGAUGGUAGUGCUGGUGAGGCAAAGAAAUAUGUUUGCAUCACAAAAAGAUGGAUGGGAUUGGUGGAAGGUUGAACCCAAAUACUCUACUACAGUUCUCAUUGGAAACUGGCUGGAGAAGAGGACAGGAUUGGGAAAGAAAAAGGGGAAGAUCAGGAAGACACUGAGGAGAGCCACGAUGGAGGAAUUUGAGGGAAUGCCUUCCAAGCAUUUCUUCACCCAUCACAAGGAACAAAGAAGCCAAAAUUUAGUAUUGGAGUAUGACAAUAACUGCAAUAAACACAGUUAACCUGUGCUGCCUCCCCUUCAGAGCUGGAGCGGAUGCAAGUUGGCCUGGAUUCCUCAGAAAUCAGAUUUCCCCAUUCUCAAACCACCCACCAGCUCUGGGCUUCUCGAGCACCUGAUGAGAAACUGCACAAGAAAGAAGCUAGUCCAGAUCAGGGUCUGGACCAAUUCCUGUGAAAGCCCAACAAUUUCUGCUUUUGCCUCUUGUCAGCUGAGACAACCAGCUAAGAACUCCUGCUCUCCCUUCCAGCCAGGGACAUCUUCCCCAAAAUCUUACAGAAUCCUGGCCUGUAAAGGGGGUCAAUAUCUGUGAGGCUUUGGCCAACUGCUGAGAGACAGAACAACCAGGGACAACGCUGUGUAA